UCAACAGAAAAAACCAUUACCAGAACUUUUGUUUGUCUCUCUGGGCGUGACCAGCUCACUGUUCCAACCAACCGCGAGAAGCUUUUAUUAAAAGAAAAUGGCCUUGGAGAGAAAAAGUUGCAGAUCCCCACGAAUGCAUCGAAGGAGCAGGUCAAGGAGGUUUUGUACAAGUGAGUUAUAUAAUUCUCAAUCCACUGGCUUGCUUAAGAUCUCAAGUUCCUUUUUUUCCUAGUCUUUUAGCUCCAGCCGUUUGUAAACCGAUUUCUUUUGUUUAUAUUUCCAGGGCCUUCCGUCCAUUACAAAGUUGUGGCGGAUUCGAAAUGCUGUUGUGCGCAGACAACUCGCGCACUAGGUUACAAGUUGUAAAGUAUGGGUCGUGCAAUACCGACGAACUUAGGUGUUUGGGCAUGGGCCGAGUUUAUAUUCGGCCCAAACAAGUAGAUAUAACUUUGGGCGACAUAGAGGAUGAUGAUGAACAUGCGGAGGAGUGUCUGCUUUGUAGGGAGUCUAUCCCAUUGCGCGGGAUGCGAGCCCAUAUGGAAACGUGUCGGGUUUGUGUUUUGCUGGUGACGUUUUUUUGACUACUUCUGGGUAGAAUAUGGAGCCUUCUGCUAAUACUUAAUUUUUUUUUGGAAUAACUUUUUUGUAGGGUGAAACAAGACCUACAGAAACAUCCGACGAUGAUUUGCCGCCAGCAUUUGGAGAGAGGGGGUAAGUAGAAGUGGUCACCGCACUCGCAUGGUGGUUAUCGUUUCCACGCUUUUAGAAAGUACUAAAAGUUGCUUUCGGUAUUUCACGUAGUUAUAAAUUCCUUUUUGUACGCAUUGUUUAGCCUUAAUUUCUUAAAAGAUAUCGGUGACUUUAUACUUUAUAUUAAUAUUUAACAUGGGGCAUUGUGCUUAGCCUGAAGGUGGUCUUUAUACACCAAUAUAAUCAAUAUUUCAGAGAGGAAGAACGAGUUAACCCAGCAGAACUGCACAAUCAGCCUCCAAGUGGCACUGAGCAGAACUCACUGGAACUGCCAGAACAGCCUCCUCGUGGUACUGAUCAGGCUUCAAUAAGUCAUGACGAAGCAGCCGCCAAUGAAGAGUGAGUUUCUUAGCCAUGUUAAAAUUACCGAUUAUUUAGGUGGCGCUGAAAAGUUUCUCAAGUGCGUCUAAGGGAAUGAAACGCCAAUCCUGUAUCGUUUUCUAUGCACUAACCGUGUGUACAUCCAUUCUACUCUGCUGUUGCCGUCAUACACUAAUUGAGAGUUGAUUGUAACAUCAUGAACAUUACAUGAAAACUUCUACCAUUCCGCUAAAAGCCGCCUCAAAUAGUUAUUCCUCGCUAUCUACCUAGGGAACCUGUCCCGUACGAGGAGCAUAUGAGAAAUGCUUUAGAGGAAACAUUAAAAGCUAUGUAAGUACAAAUUGAUAGAAUUAUGCUUGGUACAUUCUGCUUGACUGUCUUUUGCGUAUCCUACAGUGUAGUUGGUGUUAGUGUGUAUGAACUUUUGCUGUGAUAUCGUUUUAAGGGAAGGAAGGGGGAAAUUAGGCGUCCGUCCAAUGAUUUAAUGUGCUAAGCACAACCUUUUAUGUGCAGAGAUCCGUUAGUUGAUUUUACUACUUUGACUUUGGCACUCAACUAUUAGUGUAAGAAGCUGGAUACAAUCGGGCCGACUGCUCGUUAGUAGACCGGUUUAAUGCAGCAGUUACCGGCAUACUUUUGGGAAUUAUUCAAAUUCACGGGCGUUACGCCUCUUUGAUCAUUACAAAUUUAUUUCAGGGCUACCUGUGACGAGCCUGUUACAGUCUUAGGGGAGUUCAGGCGAAGGUUACAGCGAGGGCGAAUGCUUGACCUUCAAAACGACUCUGAACUGUGUGAGGGAAAGACCACGGAGAUAUUUGUCUUUCGUUACCGCCUCUUCGAUGAAGCUAUGGAAGAGAUAUUGAGGGAUGAUCCGCCGGCGAUUGAUUUCAGUUUACCUUUAGAGGUGAUCUUCACUGGUGAGGGCGCUCAAGACUAUGGUGGUCCAAGGCGGGAAUUUUUGGGCAUGGUGAUGCGCGAUAUACGUGACAAGCUCUUCAAGGAAGAAGGAGAAGGCCACGUCAUUUUUGAGAAAAAGGAAGCACUAGAUAGGAAACAUUAUUAUGGAGCUGGCCUCUUUUUUGGUAAAUAUGCAAAGCCUACUCAGACACCUGUGUCAUUUUCACUUGAGCACACAAGAAUUUCAAUUUACCUUUUUAUUGCAGGUUUCAGUUUGUUGCAAGGUGGUCCUUUGCCUACUUUCCUUGCUGAAGACCAGCUUCAGCGAAUCUUCAAAAAAGAUGAUUUGACUAAUCUGGGGGAAGCAGAAACCCAAUUUCGGGUAGGACUCGAGAAAUUCGGACUCGUUGAGGUAAGAUUUCACAGUGACCGGUUGUAACUGAUGGUCUAGUCUUCACCCUUUACUUAGGCAAGAAAACCAAAUUUAAUUAUGACUACAGUGGAACCUAACAUACCGACUCUCGCCAAAUACGGACAGUUUCUCUUCAAGCGCUUCCGACGAAAAACCCCACACAUUUCUUUUACAUGUGAUAGGCAGUUGUUUAAUCCCCUUAGGAUCUCUGUAGUCUGGGAGCAGGUCUAAAAAUGGCUGAAGAAGAAUAGGGACUGUAUGUAGGAUGCCCUCUCUUCUCUUUGAUCCUCUCUUACUCACACAAGAGAUUUGUAUUCCCUUGAUCUCUAACACUUUUACAUAGAUUCCAUACUUUCCGAGGAAAUGGAUCUUGCUUUUCUCUUAAUCUGUUAGCUCCUUCAUGGGAAACCGAGUCUUUCAUUCCUCUUCCGAAAGACAGCAGUGCUGCCCAUGACAUACCCCAAACUGGUGGAACUGCUGGACCCUAUUUUUUCCGACGAGGCCAGCAAUCGAAGGCAGCGGGAAGAGCGAACAUACAGACUCUUCCUGAAUUACUUGAAAGAGGUGUCAGGUAACUGUCGUUCUCUUUUCUCUAGUCUAAGAAACAUCACCGCUGGCUAGACAGUUGUAACUUUGCUUUAUGCCAAUCGAAAUUUUCCACAGAGCGCGUAAAAAAGAACUGGGAUUCAGAGCUUCAUGAGUGCACUGCUAAUUUUUGUGUUUUUCUCUUUUCAGCUGGAAGGAGGGUAGAUGGCAAUAUAUCUCUCCGUAGCAUUUUAAAGUUCGUCACUGGAUGCGAGAACGAGCCUGUUCUGGGUUUCCAAAUGAAGCCCUCUAUUUGUUUUGAUACGAAUAUGCCAUCUUGCCUUCCUAUUGGCAACACUUGUAUUAGCAGGCUGACUUUGCCGAUAGGCGAGAAUGUAUCAAUGACCAAGGAAGAAGUAUUCUCUUUCUUUGACUACGCUUUCGCAAAUGAUUACUUUGGCCGUCUCUAA